ACCUUGACUGUACAUUCAAUUGAAGCCACUCAAAUCCCUAAUUCUCUCUUUCUUCCUAUAAUCUCUGUCCUCUCUGUUUCUUCAUUUCCAGAUAGUUUCUAUCUCAUCAAAUCCUUGAUCAUUCUCUAAUUUCUGUACCGGAACUACAUGUCAUGUCUGAUGUUAUAGAAGAAAUUCAGUCUCUUGAGGCUGAAGCUCCUGGUCAUCUCUUCGGCAAAUAUGAGCUCGGUAAACUCCUCGGCUGCGGCGCGUUUGCGAAAGUGUAUCACGCCAGGAACAUACGCACCGGCCACAGCGUGGCGAUUAAAGCCGUGAGCAAACAGAAGGUUUUGAAAGGCAAUCUCACGGCGCACAUUAAGAGAGAGAUUUCUAUCAUGAGCCGCCUGAAUCAUCCUCAUAUCGUGCGCCUCCACGAGGUGAUGGCGACCAAAACGAAAAUCUAUUUCGUCCUCGAAUUCGCGAAAGGCGGCGAGCUCUUCACCAAGGUUGCGAAAGGGAGGUUCAGCGAGGAUCUCAGCCGUCGAUACUUCCAGCAAUUGAUCUCCGCCAUCGGUUACUGCCACUCCCGCGGCGUGUUCCACCGCGAUUUGAAGCCGGAAAAUCUGUUACUCGACGAGAAUUGGAACCUUAAAGUCACCGAUUUCGGACUCAGCGCCGUGACGGAGCAGAUACGACCCGACGGCCUUCUCCACACUCUCUGCGGCACUCCUGCCUACGUGGCUCCCGAGAUUCUCGCGAAGAAAGGCUAUCAAGGCGAUAAAGUCGAUAUGUGGUCAUGCGGCAUCGUUUUGUUCGUGUUGAACGCAGGCUAUUUGCCUUUCAAUGAUCCAAAUCUAAUGGUGAUGUAUCGAAAGAUAUAUAAAGGCGAGUUCCGGUGCCCUAAAUGGACCUCGCCUGAUUUAAAACGAUUGCUGUGUCGACUUCUCGACACCAAUCCCGAGACAAGGAUCAGCGUCGACGAGAUCGUCAGUGAUCCUUGGUUCCGAAAAGGAUACAAAGAGAUUAAAUUUCACGAGGAGCAUUUGGAGCUCAAAGAUCAUCACGGAGAUGAAAAUUCAGCUGAUAAAUAUCUAAAUGCAUUUGAUAUCAUAUCGUAUUCCUCCGGGGCGAAUUUAUCCGGUAUGUUUAAAAAACCGGAUAAUUCGGUGAAAGGAGAGCGGUUCAUAUCGGCCGAGGCACCGGAGACGAUACUGGCGAAAGUCGAGGAGGUCGGGAAGACGGAGAACGUGGCGGUGGUGAAGAAGCAAGGAUGGAGCGUGAAGAUGGAGGGGCAAAACGGUAAAUUCCAAAUGACGGUGAGUGUUCAGCGGUUAACGGAGAAGCUGGUGGUGGUUGAAAUAAAGAGGAGUACAGUUGGCGUGGAACAAAUGUGGAAGGAUAAAUUGAGGCCCCAGCUUAAUAGUUUGAUUUAUCAACCGCCUAGUACAAGUUGAGCUUUAUUAAGCACUUUAAUUCAUAAUUAGUGCCAUCUAAGAAAAGGGGAAAAAAGACAGUGACUUGUGAUUAUUUUUGGUGACGCCGAAAAAGCGGUGAGUGUGAAUUCUAAUAAUUACCGACAACGGCGACGGCAAAGAUUAAGAAGUUACGGCGAGGGGUUGAGAAUGAUUAAGAAAUAAAAAAUGGCUAAUCUGAUUGUAAAUUACUACAGCUGCUAAUCUGUUACUGAUGCAUCAUAUAUGUAAUGAUUAUGUAUGAGUUGUGUAAUUAGUCCGAUCGGUGGAUGUAAAGUGGUCCACAUUAAGUACUUUAAGUGGAGUGUUGAGACGUAUAAGCAACCAUUUUUGAGAUUGGUUGCGGUUGCAGUUGCAGGACAGAAAAUGAAACGAAAGGGAUGAUUAAGUUGCCCCAUCAAUUAUUUGGUUAGUUUAAUCAUUUUAUUACUUGUA